AUGGCGAGCAAAUUUCGACCGGAUCAGCAGAACGUAGGCACCCAGAACCCUCUUUUGGGGCGGAUCGUCGUCGUCGUCGUCACGCGAGAACUUGGCAGUUCACGCCGGUUCAGAUCACAGGAGCAAGAUAAAUCAUUCGGUGGAAUGCGAAAGUGCGCUGCCGGGAGCUGGGAAAUUGUCACGGAGAUCGGAACAGGAGGACAAGGGAUCGGUCCUCGGACGCGAAAACCAAAGACCAAGCCCAGUGAGAAGGUCCCUGUAGGCAAUAGUGGCAGUGGCAGUGGCGGCGGGGGUGGCGGCGGUGCCGGAGGAGCCCUGGCGGAUGAUAAGCGACCCCGGACAGCGUUCAGUGGGCCGCAGCUGGCAAGACUGAAGCACGAGUUUGCCGAAAAUCGUUACCUCACCGAGCGCCGCCGGCAACAGCUGAGUGCCGAGCUGGGACUUAACGAGGCCCAGAUCAAGAUCUGGUUCCAGAACAAACGGGCCAAAAUCAAGAAAUCUUCCGGCCAGAAGAACCCGCUAGCCCUGCAACUGAUGGCCCAGGGCCUGUACAAUCACUCGACGGUUCCGCUGACCCGAGAAGAGGAAGAACUUCAGGAAAUGCAAGCGGCUGCGGCCGCGGCAGCCGAAUCCCGCAUCGGCGCUCCGGCUCCCCAGCCAUCGGGUGUCUAACGGCGGUGGCUCCCGGGCAAAGUUACCAGGGUUAUCAGCUAAAAUUUGAAAUCAAAAUGAACCUUUUCAAUAAUCUCAAAAGUACAGUUCAAGACAAGUUUCCCAACAAUCAUCUUCUAGCUCUACUUAGAAACGACAUCGAAAACUUAGAAAUCAAAACAAAACUCUUAGUGGCGAAGAAAUGAAGUAUCUGUGAUAUUGUAGUGUUUAUAAUCCUUGAAUUAGUUCCGUACUUUUAAGUAGCUUAAGUUGGAUAACUGAUUGAAGUUUCGCGCACACUUUUGAUCGAAAGUGCUUAGAAACUGCUUUGAAGGAGACUACUAAUCCGUAAGUUACUUGUUAAUCGAAUGCAAUAAUAAAUCAAAAUGUAUUUUACCGCCUAGAUAAACGAAUUUGUAAAUGAAGUCGACCGACAUAAUUGUGUAUAGCAAACUUUGGAUGGAAUAAAUUGAAUAAAAAACACUGAUCAAAAAGCAACUUAGAAAUAAACUUCGGACGGCAAGAGACAUUGCUUAGUUUUGCCUGUAUCUGAAUCAAGAAAACCCUAUUUAUUCUGUGUUUGUAAGAAGA